AUGCUGUGGGGGGCUGAUGCUGCUCCAUCUUCCACCACGCCCCCGGAAGGAGCCCAGCAGGAGGCGCUGGCCGUGGAAGCCAUGGCAGCAGAUGGGGGCGAUGUCACCUUGUCUGAGGCCACCGAGCCCCUCAGGGCGACAGCUGAUGCCGAGUGCCCGGGCCCCAAGCCUGUGGGUGCACCAUCCACCACCCGGACAGAGCGGCCAGUCUCCCCUCCGGAGGGGGGCCCCACUGAAGACUCCACCAGGCCUGACGCCGUGUCUGCGGGUGGCGCGCUUGUCGCGAUGCCCGUGCCCGGCAUCGACACCCGUGGCUCGAAGGGCAAGGUGCAGCUCGCCCUCCAGCGCUGGGGGGACUUCCAUCGCGUCCUCCGGGCCGUGAAGGCCCUUUUGCGGGAGGGGAGAGGGACCGGGAGGCAGAACAUCGCGGCCUACCAGCGGGCCCACAAGUUCCGCAACUCCCUAUUGACCUUUGGGGUCGAAAGCGGGUUGUUGCAGGGCCCGCUGGAGGCUCUACGACCCGAGGUGCUGGGAGUCGCCAAGGUCGGGCCAGGCCACCUGCUGCACGUCCGGGACUACGUAGAGGAACUGGUGUUGAACUUGGUCAACGUCUAUGCCCCGAACAAGGGCCUGGACCGGGUGCGUUUCUUUCGGCAGGCGUCGGCCUUCCUCGGCACUCUGGAUCCUCAUGAGUGUGUCCCCAUUUACGAACCUCCGUGGCCCCAGUCAGGAAAUGAGAGCAAUGCUAAAGAGCUUCCCAAGAUACCUGAAGAGGAUGUGGAAGCACUGAAGGCUGCUCUUGGGACAGGAAACCUCAUCGAAGCAGCUGUUAAAGCGAAAGAGACUCUGGAUAUGGCUGAUGAAAUCACUCUGGACAUCGCUGUCACGGGGGAGGCGGGCUCUGGAAAAUCAUCCUUUGUCAACGCCAUCCGGGGUCUGGGGGAUAGAGAUGAAGGUGCUGCUGCGACAGGGGUCAUUGAAACGACAAUGGAGCCCACUGCUUACCCACAUCCUAGAUACCCAAAUGUAAGAGUCUGGGAUCUGCCAGGGAUCGAUACCCCAACAUUUAAACCAGACACGUACCUUGAGCAGGUGGAUUUCAGCGACUACGACUUUUUCAUCAUCAUCUCCAGCCCCCGCUUCAAAUACCACGACAUUAGCCUCGCCCAGGAGAUCCAGAAACUGGGGAGGAAGUUUUACUUUGUGCGCUCCAAGGUGGACCAGGAUUUGGCAAAUGAGAAAAAACUGCCACGUCAGCACAGGGAGCGUGCGAUCCUCGAUGCCAUCAGAGAGAAGUGCAUCAAAGGCCUGGAAGCAGCAAAGGUGGCCUCCCCGCGGGUUUUUCUUGUCUCUAGAUGGGACUUGGGCAAGUACGAUUUUCCCACAUUGCAGGAAACGCUUGUGGAUGAGCUCCCCAGUCACAAGAGACUCGCUCUUCUACGAUCCCUGUCCCAUGUUUCGAAAGAAACCGUGGAGAAGAAAAAAGAACAACUGCAAAGGCAGAUAUGGCUGAAAAGUCUGGUGUCAUGUGGAGUCGCUGCCAUUCCUCUCCCGGGUCUCUCCAUUGCUUGUGAUGUUGCCGUGCUGGUGACGUCCCUGAAAGGGUUCUGCAGGGACUUCGGCCUUGAUGAAAAGUCUCUCGCUGCACUCGCUAGACACAAUAACACGCCCAUUGCAAAGCUGAAGGCCGUUAUACAGUCCCCACUGAGUGAGGCAAUAACACAAGAUCUUGUAAUUACGCUACUGACCAAGUGCGCAGCUGGGGCCGUUCAGUAUUCAACAACUUCUUAAAAAUUUAUACCUGUGGUAGGUUCCGUGGUAUCGGCAGCAGUUUCGCUCCCUACCACAUACUUCAUGCUGCAGAAUUUCCUGGAGGAUGUUGCUGCUGACGCUCUACGAGUGCUGGAGGUGGUUACGGAGGGAGCCGUUUCAAACCCAGAUUAA